AUGCCGCUUAACUACUCCAAGUGGGAUCAGCUCGAGCUCUCUGAUGAUUCUGACAUCGAAGGCCACCCGAACGUUGACAAGCGUUCUCUGAUCAGAUGGAAGCAACGCGAUAUUCAUGAGAAGCGCGAGACCCGCAAACUCAAGAUCUCAGCUCUCGGCGCUGAGAUCGCAUGCAAUGGCGUCCUUUCUCCCCGUCUUCACAACGUCCGCGCUACACUCGGUAGCGCAGACGGCGGGUUGAAGUACUUCCAACAAUUGGUGGAGAAAUUGCAAACACAGCCUUCUCCAGAGGCACCGCCGACGAACGCCAAAGAUCAGCCGACCUACGACGCAAUGCUGUUAUCUUUGCUCCUGCAGGUUUGGGAUGGCGCCAAGAGCCUUCCUGCAGAUGAGCGGGAGGCUGCUGUACUCAGUGGUCUCGAUAAGCACAUCAAGCAACUCGCAGAUCACACAAAGAAGCUGGAGAAGGAUCUCGUUGACGAGGAGAAUGAACAAAAGAAGCACAUCACAAGCGAAGAUAUUCACGAGGGAUUCGAGAGCAAGUACACUCCCGCGAAACCACCGCCUCCACCCGUCAAGAAUGCUAAAAUCGACGCGCCGACAAAGACCACAACGACCAAAACCACUGAGUUCGAGGUGUUGAACCCUGCUGCCUCGAGUUCUAAAGCGCCAUCGCAAUCGGUCGCUCCGAAAAAUUCUCCAGACUCCGUUGAGGAAGACGAAGUUGAGGAGCUACCAGAACUCACACCCUCUCUCGAACGAUUCUCUCGCUUAUCGUUGUGGGACUACACACAAUCUUUCAACUUUAUCCAAGCAAAUCGCGAUGUCGUUGUUCCCGGUGCAUCGGACGCGUUACUUGUGGCGGCUUUCCGUGCAGAGUCGAAGGGCCAGUUCGAAUAUGCAGAGAAGUGUGUGCACCAAAGCUUACUCCUGCAGUACUGCGAGAAGCUAGGCAAAGAUGGCGUCCGACUAUUUUUCCAGAAGCAACUGAUGAUGAUCACAGGCGAUCAGCGCGCUGUCUCCGUCUUCGUCAAGGAUGUCGAAGGCACAUAUUCUCACCUUAAGACGCGUGCAAAAGUAGCAGAAACGGAGACUUCUGACGUGCAGAGGGAGCAGAUACAACUUGUGCCCGAGAACCCAUCUGCAACCAUCUCGUUCAACGUGCCUGAUGGUCCUCCGCCUGAGGACUUGCGCCUCGAGGGUCCAGGGACGGAGGACCUGGAUGUUGAACAAGUUCGCGAAGCAUUGCAGAUGCGAUGGGAUGUCUUCGAGAGCUUCCCCGAGGACCUGAGGGCUGCGCUCAAGCUUGGGACUCUGGAUGAGGUCAACAAAGUGCUGGGCAAUAUGGACGUUAGCGUUGCGGAAGAUGUAGUGGGAAAGCUUGAGAUGGCUAGUAUCAUGAGCUUCGUGUCGGGAGGUGUCCGGGACGAGACUGGGAAUGUGGAUGAGGAAGAAGACGAAGACAACGCCGAAUAA